CUCUUCUCUGUCUUUACUCCCUGUGCCCGUUUUUUCUCAGGGACAGACUGAUGAAGAAGAUGCAGCAGAAAAAAUAUGUCAAGUUAAUUCUAGCACUGGAAACAAACUUAUAUAAGGAAAAAUGGAUCCCUUGUUUUGGCCAUCAGAAACUAACAGCUUUCGACGUUUCACCCCUGAGUCCUUGGCAGCAAUUGAGGAAAGAAUUGCUAAGAAAAAAAAGCUUCAAGCCAAAGUUAACGGGAAGAAUAAAGACCAAGGAGUUGAAGAAGAUAAGCUUACUCCUCAGCUUGAUUUGAAAACCUGCAAAAAACUGCCAUCUCUGUAUGGGGAUCUUCCUGUGGAGCUCAUUGGGGAACCGCUGGAAGAUGUUGAUCCAUACUACAGUGAUCACAAGACUUUUAUGGUGAUAAAUAAAAGGAGGACUAUUUUCCGGUUUACAGCCACGCCUGCGUUGUGUGUAGUUGGUCCUUUUAAUCCAGUAAGAAAAGCAGCAAUUAAAAUAUUGAUCCAUUCAUUAUUUGUUGGCUUUAUUACAUGUACUGUGAUACUCAAUUGUGCUUCCAUGGCUGUAAAUAAGCUUCCAGAAGGACUCAGCUGGACUGAAUAUCUUUUUACUGGCAUAUAUACUGGUGAAAUAUUGAUAAAAGUACUAGCAAGAGGAUUUGUUUGGAAUGAAUUUACCUUUCUUCGAGAUCCGUGGAACUGCUUGGAUCUUGUAGUUAUUGUUGUAAUGUAUGUUACCAUGUGUAAAAGUAUGAGCAAGGUUUCAGCUCUUCGAACUUUCAGAGUACUGAGGACUUUGAAAGCUAUUUCAGUAAUACCAGGUCUGAAAGUCAUCGUAAAUUCACUUAUUGAAUCUGUUAAGAAACUUACUGAUGUGUUGAUCUUGACUGUUUUUUGCUUGAGUGUAUUUGCUCUAAUAGGCCUCCAGCUUUUUAUGGGCAAUUUAACAUCCAAAUGUGUCCUCAGUAAUGCUACAUACAAUGACACAUUAUGUAAGGAUGCCAAGAUAUAUGUACCAAAUGAUGAAGAUAUCUGCUACAGAAUGAAUAAAUCCUCUGAAAUAUUGCUCUGUGGGUUCAGUUCAAAUCCUGAAAAAGAGUGCCCAGAAAACUAUAGCUGCAUGAAGAUUGGGAAGAAUCCUGACUUUGGUUAUACAAGUUUUGACCAUUUUGGCUGGGCCUUCCUUUCUUUAUUCCGUCUGAUGACACAGGAUUACUGGGAGCGUCUCUACAGACAAACUAUCCGUACAUCAGGAAAGAACUACAUUUUAUUUUUUCUGGGGGUCAUCUUUUUAUGCUCAUUUUAUCUCUUCAAUUUGAUCUUGGCUGUAGUAACUAUGGCAUAUGAAGAGCAAAAUAGAGCUACUGUUGCUGAAACAGAGGCAAAGGAAAAGUUACUUCAGGAUGCCAAACAAAUUCUAGAGAAAGAACAGAUGUUGGCUGCGGGAGAAGGUAAUAAGGCCUUACAUGUCAGAUCUGAAAUGUCAGUUGCUGACUUGAAAAAUUCUAAAGAAAAAGAGAUGAAGAAAGAAAAACCUAUUUCAAGAGAAAGCUUAAUUUUAGGUAAUCAUGCCAAAGAGGAGCAUAUAUUUAAUUCACAGCCUGGUCACUGCCACAAGAAGCUUAGGCAGAUACUGCUGUCCUAUGAAUUGUCAGUGGACUCUAUUAAUGAUCCUUUUCGAAGACAGAGGUUAAUGAGUGCAGCCACUGUUAUUACAGAUAAUUUGCAACUGCAAGAGUCAAAACUAAAGUGCCCUUCAUUGUGCAAACGAUUUGCUCAAAAGUAUCUAAUUUGGAAUUGUUGUCCAUUCUGGAGACUAGUGAAAGAGAAGGUGAAAUUGGUAAUCUUGGAUCCAUUUGUUGAUCUCUUAAUCAUGGUUUGCAUUAUUGUGAAUACCAUAUUCAUGGCUCUGGAGUAUCCUGACAUGCCACGCAAUUACCAGCAAAUGAUUUUUAUAAGUGACAAGGUCUUCACUCUGAUUUUUACAGCAGAAAUGAUCUUGAAAAUCAUCGCUCUAGAUCCUUACAACUAUUUUCAGCAAAAAUGGAAUAUUUUUGAUAGCAUAGUUGUUAUGAUUGGCCUAAUAAGCUUUAAAGAAAAUCUGUCGUAUUUCAGGCUGCUAAGGAUCUUCAAAUUGGCAAAGUCCUGGCCAGCCUUAAAUACUCUGAUGAAAAUAAUUCUAAAUUCAGUUGGUGCUCUGGGUAACCUCACUCUGGUUUUGAUUAUCACUGUAUUUAUUUUUGCUGUAGUAGGAAAGCAGGUUUUGGGAGAGCAUUAUAAGAAACAUUACUGUAAAAUAAGCACUGACGAGAAUUUACGAUGGCAUAUGAAGGAUUUUUGUCAUUCAUUCCUGAUUAUAUUCCGCAUAUUAUGUGGAGAAUGGAUUGAAACCAUGUGGGAAUGUAUGGAAGUGGCUGGAAAAGGGCUAUGUCUUCCCAUUUUCUUGCUAGUCCUGGUGAUAGGAAACUUGGUGGUGCUCAACCUAUUCAUUGCCUUGCUGCUGAGCUCGUUCAGUAUUGACUCCUCAAUGGGACAAGAGGAAUCUGGACAAAUGACUAAAUGUCAGAUUGCCAUUGCACAGAUUCACAAGGGCCUGCAGUCUGUGAAAGACAGAAUUUUGGAUCAUUGUGGCAAAAUAAUGAAGCAAAACCUCAAAACAACAGCCAAAAAUAAGACUUUGGUGAAAAUUUCUGCCAAACACAUAGAGGAAAAUAAUUAUGCCAUGACAGAUGUCAGAAAGGAUGUAGACAACAGUUGCUCUGACAUUGGGUAUUAUAAUACUGAAGACAGUUCCUCAGUAACAAGGAAAUAUGGAGAAUUUUUAACCAGUCAUAGUACCUGUGUUCCCAUUGCAGUAGCAGAGACUUACACCGAUGAAGGUGAUGGUGGUGAGCAUAGUGUAUGCACAGAAGUAGAAUACAGAAAACAGAGAGACAUAUUAAGACAUAGACAACAGUGCCGGCGUUCAAGCAGCUUCAGUCAGAUUUCUGGGAAUUCUGAAACUAUAAGUGGUUUUUCAGAAACACACCAAAAGAAAGAGCAAAAUGAGAAAUGUGAUGCUGGUAGCUAUUCUGAAGCCAGCACUGUGGAUCCAGUUAUUCUUCUGGAGAUGCUUUCCCAGCCUAAAAAGUCACACCUACCUAAGGACUGUUUUGCAGAAAGUUGUGUUGAAUGUUUCCCGUGUUGCGUAGUGGAUAUCACUAAGUUUCCAGGCAGAACUUGGUGGAAAUUUAGAAAAACCUGCUACAGAAUUGUUAAACAUAGCUGGUUUGAAAAUUUUAUAAUUUUUAUGAUAAUACUGAGCAGCGCAGCACUGGCAUUUGAAGAUAUUCAUCUGCAGAAGAGGAAAAAAGUGAAAAUGCUUCUAGAGUAUGCUGAUAAAAUAUUUACCUACAUCUUUUCUAUGGAGAUGCUUCUGAAAUGGGUAGCUUAUGGUUUGCACAGUUAUUUCACAAAUGCCUGGUGUUGGCUUGACUUCAUCAUUGUAUGUCUAUCUUUUGUUUCCUGGGGACUAAAUACUGUUUCCAAAGCCACAUCACCUUGUUCCUCUGGGAGUGCCCUGAAAUCUCUCAGGACUCUUAGAGCAUUGAGGCCUCUACGAGCUUUGUCAAGAUUUGAAGGGAUUAAGGUUGUUGUGAACGCACUCUUGGGAGCUAUCCCCUCAAUCUUGAACGUUUUGCUCGUCUGUAUUGUCUUCUGGCUCCUAUUUAACAUUGCAGGAGUAAAAUUACUUGGAAAAAAAUUUUCCAAAUGCACACUCAAGAAAGGAAAUAUCAGUUUAAUUAAUAACAAAGACAACUGUAUUUUCUAUAAUGGAACAUGGGCAAAUAAUGAUGUAAACUUUGAUAAUGUUGGGAUGGGAUACUUGGCUCUUCUCCAAGUGGCAACUUUUAAAGGUUGGAUGGAUAUUAUGUAUGCAGCAGUGGACUCACGUGAGAUAGAUGAACAGCCAAAGUUUGAAGCAUUCUUAGCCAUGUAUAUGUAUUUUGUGAUUUUCAUUAUUUUUGGAUCUUUCUUCAUGCUGAACCUUUUCAUUGGAGUGGUUAUCAGCAAUUUUAACCAACAAAGGAAAAAGAUAAGUGGAAAGGAUCUAUUUUUGACUGAGGAACAGAAAAAGUACUACAAUGCCCUGAAAAAACUUGGAUCCAAGAAACCUCAAAAACCCAUCCCAAGACCAUCGAAUGUGUUCCAAGGAUUACUGUUUGAUAUGGUAUCGCACAAAGCAUUUGACAUUACUGUUGUGACAUUCAUCUGUCUAAAUAUGGUCGUUAUGAUGGCAGAAAGUAACCAGAAUGGCAUCAAGGAUGUUCUUAACAAAAUCAACUUUUUUUUUGUGGCAGUAUUUACUGCGGAGUGUGUCAUUAAAAUACUAGCCUUAAGACAUUACUUCUUCACCAGUGGCUGGAACAUAUUUGAUUUAGCUGUUGUGAUCCUCUCACUAGUUAGUAUUGGACUUUCUGAAGGAUUUCGAACUUUGUUCUCUCCGACACUUUUGAGAAUUUUUCGUUUGGCACGAAUUGGCCGAAUCCUGAGAUUAAUUCGAAAAGCUAAAGGAAUUAGAACUCUUCUUUUUGCAUUACUUAUGUCUCUUCCUGCAUUAUUCAACAUUGGUCUUUUGCUUUUUCUGGUUAUGUUCAUUUAUGCAAUUGUGGGCAUGACAAACUUUGCCUGUCUUGGCUGGGAAGGUGGGAUUGAUAACCUUUUCAACUUUCAAACCUUUGACAGUAGCAUUCUCUGUCUCUUCCAAAUUACAACAUCAGCUGGCUGGGAUGGUCUUUUGGUCCCUCUUUUAAAAGGACCUAAUUCAUGUGCUCCCAACUUAAAUUUAACAGAUGAACAGAAAAAAAAUUGCACAAGUAAGGAGGUUGGUAUUUUAUUUUUUGUAAGCUAUGUCAUUAUAUCAUUUCUCAUUGUUGUAAAUAUGUACAUAGCUGUAAUUUUAGAGAACUUCAGUGUUGCCACUGAAGAAAGCACAGAUCCUCUUUGUGAGGAUGACUUUGAUAUGUUUUAUGAGACCUGGGGAAAAUUUGAUCCUCAGGCAACACAGUUUAUUGAAUAUUCUGCUCUUCCAGACUUUGCAGAUGCUCUGGCAGAACCCUUACGCAUUCCAAAGCCUAAUAAAAUUCAGCUCAUAUCCAUGGACCUCCCUAUAGUCAGCGGGGAUAAGAUCCACUGCUUGGAUAUCUUGCUUGCUUUCACUAAAAGAGUCUUGGGAGAAUCUGGAGAUUUGGAUGGUCUUGAAUUACACAUGGAAGAAAAAUUCAUGGCUGCCAAUCUAUCUAAAGUUUCUUGCAAGCCAAUUACUACUACCCUUAAAAGAAAACAGGAGGAGGUGUCGGCUCUUGUUAUUCAAAGGGCCUUCAGGAGGUAUUUGAUGCAGCGUUCUUUUAAAAAUAAAUCUUUCUUAUACCGUCAGAGACGUUAUAACAGUGCUAUCUUUGAAGAAGAAACACAUGAGAAGGAGAGUCUUAUUGCAUCAAUGAUUAAUGAAAAAAAUAGUAGGAAGCUAGAUAAAUCACUGACUGCGUCUUCCAUAUCUCUCCCUUUAUUUUAUGAUGGUUUUACUGAAACAGAUAGCGAUAAUGUGGAUGUACAAGGUUGUCCCAGGCUGCAGAAAUUUUGAUUAAACCAAUAUCAGUUCUUUUCAGAUGAAGAAAAUAUUUUGAUCCCAGAGCAUAAUACUUUAGAUUUAGAAUAAUGAUGACAUACUUUAAGUAUUCUGAUUGUUCAAUUUUACAAAUGCUCCUUAAAACAAUUAAUAUUUGAACAUUUAUGUCAUAAUUAUUAGGGGAAAAUCAAACCAUAGAAUUUUUUUUCCUCAGUUACUGGAGUAGGUGAGUUUAUUUUUACACCUGUCAUUUUUUGUGUUAGUUCAUAUUUCGAUGUUUACAGGAGAAAUCUAUAAAAGAUCAGUUGUAGCUGAUAUGAUUUAUAAGUAUGCAAGGCUGUAGAACAACUUAUAUCUCUUCAAAGGUAAAGCCUCAUUUGAAAAUUGUAUUAUUGUUGCAAAAUUAAAUAAUUACUGCAUUUUCUGUAAAAAAGUUAAUUCAAGAAACUUGAGUAUAAUCAGCCAAUAAUUUCUGUGUUGUUUGGGACCAUCUUCCUUCUAGUGCCUUUGGAUGGAUUUGUUUAUGCUUAAGAAUUUUUGAGAUGUCUUUACAUGUGCACCUAAAUGGAUUUAUCAUCCUCAGGUGUCUGUGCUUGAAAGUUGUAUAUAAUUUGUUCUUUGUAUCAUUCAGUGUAUGAAAAUUGCGAUAAUAAUAGCUACCAAGAUCAAAGGAUGUUAUGCAAAAGUACUGCUUCCAGAAAAUCUUAAGAACUAUUGUACAUAAAAUUGCAUCAUUAUACUCAUGGAAAGUAUUAGUUAGUAAUCUGAAAAGGAGUUCAUGAUAUUUAUUAUGAGAUGAUAUUUAUUAAAGUAUUUAGUUGGUUCUGAAAAAAACACAUGUAUCAACAAUGUGUAUCAAUAUUGCUUUUACUGUUUUUUUUGCAGCUAACAUUGGUCAGGUAAAGUGUCAUGGUGCCUCAGAGCUAUUGAUGAAAUAAGACUAUUUUAGAUUAUUCAAUAAAGAGUUCAGAUGCUUAA